AUGAAGGCCGUCACCAUUCUUUCCAGCAUUUGCCUGGCCGUCCGAGGUAUGGCGACCAACAUGCCUUGUUCAACAUACUCGCGCACACCCUGCAUCUGCCCCGAGGGCACCCAGUAUUCACAGUCCGCCUCGUGGGCUGUCGUCGGCACCAGUGCGGAGCAUGUCCAAGAGCUCAUGAACGACUAUUAUGAAUGCGGAUGGCGUGGAUCUGUUCCCUACGCGACCGUGGGGCCCAACAACUCCCCUGGCGAGUCUGUUCGUGUGUCAACGUUCAAGACUCUGCAGGGCAUCUUUAACUUCUCUGAAAUUCUCACGGACCAACGCAUUCAGACAGACGGCUCCUUUAUCCAGAAGUUUGAAUACAAGUCCACGAUCCCGGGCUCUAACCAGAAUGGCACCGAGACACCGUGGGGCGGAUACUGGGUCACAAUUACCGGUGACCACAUCUUCGAGAACGAGACGUUGAUUAGAUGGAGCACCUACCUCUGCUCGAGAGGCUAUGUCAAUGACUUUAAUAAACUCCACGAGAACGCAUUCAACAACAUCAUCAGCAAGCUGAAAGGAGAGGGCAAGGUCGACGGCACAAACGUCGCUGCGUUUUCCAUAUGA